GUGACUGAUGACUUCACCCAGUGACGUAUGCGGACAUAGCAAAGGUUAGCUUUCUAUGUUUUGACGACUGGACGAACAACAUAGGGGAACUACUCGGAUAUUCGUAUUUUACUCAGCCGAAUAAGCAAAAUUUGUCUCUCCACCCUAAGGCACAAGACGAUCCUGGCAGAGAUGUCUUAUGGCAAAGCAGACAGCUAUCGCUCCAUGCCACGGGAUUUUAGCACCCUGAUACAGACAUGCAGCUCCAACAUCCAGAAAAUCACACAAAACACUGCCCAGAUCAAGAACAUGGUGAAUCAGCUGGGUACCAGACAGGACACCAGUGAACUUCAGGAUCGACUGCAGCAAAUACAACAUUACACCAACCAACUUGCAAAAGAUACCAACAAACACCUGAAAGAAUUGGGCUCAAUUCCUUUGCCUUCAUCACCCUCAGAGCAAAGGCAGCAGAAGAUCCAGAGGGAGCGGCUGAUGAAUGACUUCUCAGCAGCUCUCAACAACUUCCAGGCAGUCCAGCGUCGUGCAGCAGAGAAAGAAAAGGAGUCAGUAGCCAGAGCGAGAGCUGGAUCCCGCCUGUCGACUGAAGAUGCUGCCCGUGAUGAACAGCUUGUUUCUUUCGAUAACCAAGAUGACUGGGGUCAGAUGACCGCCCAGACAGAGGAGGCUGCUAUCACAGAGGAAGACCUGGAGCUCAUCAAGGAGAGAGAAACAAACAUUAGGCAGCUGGAGUCGGACAUCAUGGAUGUAAACCAGAUCUUCAAGGAUUUAGCAGUGAUGAUCCACGAUCAGGGAGAGAUGAUUGAUAGCAUUGAGGCAAAUGUGGAGAGCGCUGAGGUUCAUGUAGAACGAGGAACAGAGCAGCUUCAGAGAGCAGCCUACUAUCAGCAAAAGUCCCGGAAGAAGAUGUGCAUCCUAGCAAUAGUUGUGUCCAUUGUGCUUGUUGUACUUGGCAUCAUCAUUUGGCAAGCGGCUAAAUGAGUGCACUCCAUUUGUGUCACAACUAUAUUUAUUUUACUGUUCCCAACCUCCCACCUUCAAGCACUUGCUUGAGGUGAAGAAGAAAGCAAGAAGAUUUUUUUAACAACUGCUGACAGGUUUGAGUGAUGUCUGAGCAAAAAAGAACAUUUGUAAUGGAAAAAUGACAAACGCCCAUCUAAACUCAAACUUGUUAUAUGCCAUUGAAAAAUACAUAUUUACUCUCAGAUAAAGGAAAGGAUAUCAUACUAAUGUGGGCUAGAAGAGUGAUUAAGAUUCCUUCAUUUGCUACAUUUCAUUUAUUUUCUAUUUACUGCACUAACACUAGCAUUCACUGUAUUUCUAAACGCAGAUCAUUAUUAUUAUAUGAAUAUUCUAAAUAAUU